UCCCUUCCUCUACCUCCCGGUCCCAGAAAGCUGCCAUUAAUCGGGAAUUUACUCGACAUGCCGUCAUCCUCCGAAUGGGAGACGUUCAUGCAAUGGGCACGGGAUUUCAAUACCGACAUUCUCCACCUUGAGGUUCCGGGGUCCUCGAUCAUCGUACUCGACACCUACGAAGCUGCCGUGGAACUCCUGGAGAAGCGCUCCAGAACGUACUCGGGUCGCCCGAAUUUUCCAAUGGCGGUCGAUCUCAUGGAACUCGAUUUCAACUUCGCAUUCAAGCCAUAUGGUGAGCGCGACCGCCGCCGCCUCAUGCACGGUGCAAUGCACCCUACAGCCGUUGGGCAGUACCACACCCAACAGCUCAAGGCUACGCACGCUUUCCUCCGAGCGAUGCUCAGCGCGGGCGAAGACGACGUAGAAAAGGAGCUACGGCACUUGGCUGGCAUGGUCAUCAUGGACGUUGCGUACGGGAUCUGUGUCGCUGGAAAAGACGAUCUUUACAUCAAAGAAGCGGGGGAAGUUGUGCAAAUACAGUCUGUCGCUGCGCUGCCAAGCUCGUACCUCGUCAACUCGAUUCCUGCUCUGAAGUUCGUGCCGGAGUUGGUGCCCGGCGCUGGCUUCAAGCGGAUAGCGCGCGAGUGGCGGGACAAAGCACGGAAGAUCACAUACCGGCCGUUUUACGACGUCAAAAGCAGUAUGGUGCGUUGCGGAGAAAUUAUCACGCCCUCCUUUAUCUCGUCGGCGAUUGAGAAGGGGGAGGAUGAUGCGGUUAUUGUUGACGCGGCUGCUACGAUGCACACCGCGGGGAUUGACACCACAGCCAUUACACUCGUGAACUUCGUCCUCGGCAUGCUGGACAAUCCUAUAGCUCAACGCCGCGCCCAAGCUGAGCUAGACGCCGUCCUCGGACCUCUGCAGACAUCGGAUGGGACGCCGGGACAGUUACCCGUCCAUGCAGACGAACCUCGGCUACCAUUCAUCACGGCGUUCGUGCGCGAGAGUCUGCGAUGGAUGCCGGCGCUCCCAAUCAGCAUCCCCCACGCGUAUACCGGCGAAGAGCCUGACAUCUACAAGGGAUAUGCUAUCCCGCCUGGCUCUCUGGUCAUACCCAACGUGUGGUCUAUGUGUCACGACGAGCGCAUGUACCCUGACCCGUACACCUUCAAGCCCGAGCGUUUUUUGACUCCCGAAGGCACGCUCGACCCGAGCGUACACAAUCCGGCGGAGCUAGCUUUCGGGUUUGGCCGCCGCAACUGCGUCGGGCGCCACUUCGCCUACGACGAGACGUGGCUUACGGUUGCUUCCAUUUUGCGCGUGUAUAACAUCGAAAAAGCAAAGCGCCCGGAUGGUAGUCCCGUCGAGCCGAGGCGGGAGUGGCGGUCCGGAAUAUUAUUGCAGCCGAUGCAGUACAAGUGCCGCUUCGUUCCUCGGAGCUCAGAGGCGGUGGACCUUAUCAAGUCGACGCAGGGCGCGGUCUACUGAGAGGUCUAUCGCACUCAACAAACUUCGCUUUGUUCCUCGUGUGAAGAGACGGCAUGAUAAUUCAAUCUACCGUGUACUUGUUCGUCGUUAACCAAGUUGCUACAUGCUUCGAUACAAUGAUCGUAUGUAAUGUCGUCUGAGUCCAUACCGUGAUACCAAACUCGCUCUACAUGC